GCACCGCACGUUCUCCCAACCAUUCACAAAUAAACUUGAGAAACUAACACCAAAAUCUCCUCCAUUCUCUACUUCUCAAUCAAAAAAACAUUAUUUUGCUUAAUUCCUUCUCUCCCUUGUUUGCCUGCACAAACCUUUUCUUCUCUAACACCAAACUUUCCAUUUUCUUUUCCUUCUUUUUACCUCCCCUCCAUCCCCAUAUACAUAAGUUUUCCUAUCUUAUAAUCUCGAGUUUCAUAUAACCGACCCCAAUUAGUUUCAAACUGAGACGUAGUUGUUAUUGUUGCAUGGUCGGGAGUUUGAUCGCGUGAGAUAGUUUUAUAUUGCUUGAAUCAGAAAGAUGGUUCGAGCAGCACUUGAGGAAGCCAAAGAAAUGUGCAAAGCUAAAUUGCUGCAUUUCAAAGGAAAGUCAGAGGAUGGAACAGGACAGGAAACGCGAAGUGUGAUUCUUGAGAUUAAUAAUAAUAGUGAUUCAUCAAUAUUGGCUUCAGGGGAUGAAAGGGUAACGUCUAAAAGUGAAGCUUCAAUGCCUUUACAUGAUCAACCUGUUGAAUUUCAAAGGAUUGGGUGUGUCCUUAAUCGUAGUGAGUCUAUCAAAUCGCGCUUGGCUAAUGAUUCUGGUGUCCCUAGCCCUCGCCCUAGACAGACCCAGCCCUCAGAUAUGGAGCUGAUGAAGGAAAAGUUUGCAAAGUUGCUGCUUGGCGAGGAUAUGUCCGGUGNAUAUAUAUAUAUAUAUAUAUAUAGACACACACUAUUUCGGUACCACUUUAUAUGA